AUGCAGUGUGAGAUUUGUCAUCGCUCCGCCAGCAGCCGACUGCCCUUCAACUGCACGCUUUGCGCUCGAGAUGCCCUCCAUCAACCCAGGAUACAGCUGGCCCAGACACUGUUGCAUACGGAAUCCCUAGGGAAAGAGGUGGAACAAAAUGUCGUGGGGACCUCAAAGAAGGAGAAGGCCAGGUCUUCGGCAGGCGCCAAACCCUCAGAUGUGAACCACACCUGGACCGUCCACCGUGCAGCUUCCAACCAGUUCAUAUCGGAGGAAAAGACCCAGACUGUUCUCAGUCAUGUCGAAACCCUGCGUGAAGAGACCCAGAAAGUCAAAGCUGAGAUUGCGGCAAGAAAAGCAAAGCUCCUGAGGCGACGUUCAGAAUUCGCUUCAGCGAAGCACGAGCUGUCUCAAAGCCAAGCUAGCGCCGUCGAACCAGUGGAUAAGAGCAUCAAGCGCACCGAACACAGAUGGGAUGUCAUGCACAACAAGACGGCAGAGUCUCGACUGUUCCUCUGCAGGGAAGUAGCGCUGCUCUACGGCUUGCAUCAACGGAAGCGGAAGAAGGGUGGAUUGGGCAGAGAUGUCUACUUCAUCGGAGGAGUUCCCAUUGCUGAUUUAAGGGAUUUAAACAAUGCAGCACCAGCCCAUGUUACAACCUCUACCACUAACCUCGCCCACCUCACUCACCUGGUCUCACAUUACCUCUCUCUCCGCCUCCCUGCCGAAAUCACCCUCCCUCAUAGCGACUAUCCUCUCCCAACAAUCUUCUCACCUAGCUCGUCCUACACAUCUCGCGAAGUACCGUUCCCGGGCUCUACACCACAUCACUCCUCACACAACAGUCCCUCAGCCUCUCGCCAUUCAGAUAACCGCCCACCACCAAGGCCUAGGCCGUUGCACCUCGACAAAAAGUUGUCUGCGCUCGCUAAAGAUGAUCAAGUAGCCUACGCAUCUUUCGUAGAAGGUAUCACCUUCCUGGCUUGGGACAUAGCCUGGCUUUGCAAAACGCAAGGUAUGAACGUUGGUGGUAGCUCUUGGGAAGAAGUCUGUGCUAUGGGGAAGAAUCUGUGGCACUUAAUACUCGGCCCUCCACCGCGCCCUCCAGUACCAAGAGAAGUCUCAAGCAGAAGCUUUCCGAAAAUGCCCACUAGUUCCCGCAUUCCCAAUACCUCAAAUGGCCCACCUGCAGCGGAUAAAACCAAAGAAGCGCCAACUCUAGGCCACUUCUCACAUGGCACCGCAUAUGGCUUUCUCGCAUCGGCCUCUGGGGCAGAGUACAUGCGUGACUGGCGAUUGCAAUCCCCCGUCAAAGUAAUUGAGAAGGUCAAGGCUAUGCUAUCAGCCGAGAGAACAGGGGCAGAGUGGGAGAUUCUAGAGGGCAAUGAAUGGGAGGAGGAGGAAGGGCAAGCUGAAGCACCAGUGCAUAAUUUAGGCAGUGUGGGCAGAAUGCCCAGGAUAGAGGAGACCGGCGUCUUGGUGCCAGCACAGGCGGAAAUUGGGGUACAAUACGCAGGCAAUGGAAGUCGACUGCCUAGGAUUGAGGAGACCGGAGUACUUGUGCCAGGCCAGGGGGUAACGAUAGGAAUCGGUGGCGCAGGGCAAGGUGGCGGCGUAGAGGGAGAGGAAAGCGAGGAGAAAGGGAAGGGCAAGAGUGGGUGGAUGAAGCUCAAAAGGUUUGUGAGCCCGAUUGUCUCCUCGUCGGAUUCGAAGGAUGGCGAUUGGGAUCAGAUCAUCAGGGUCAAGGGUCAGAUAUUGCAUCUUUUCGAAUCGGGAGAUCUACGUAUGUAG